UUAUAAAAGAUAUUAAUAGUGAUGAAGUUGCAGAAAGUAUCUCAUCUAUGAUGGUUGCACCUAUUGAUAUUCCGGAGUAUGCUAAUGUUAAUGAUCUUGACAAUCCUGAUGAUGAUGCCCAUUCUUAUGUAGAAGAGAAUUGGCACUUAUUUGAGCAAGCG